CCACUCAGAAAGCGGUGUAGGCAUCCUGCCAGUCAGCGCAGUCAGUCAGUCAGUCGCUCGCUCGCUCUCUCUUGUGCUCCCUCAGCCUUUCUUUCUCUCUUGUCUACUUUUGUUGGUCGAAGCUGGGAUAAGACGCUUCCUUAAUCAAUGAGGCCGGCGGGGAGCGUGCCCUGAAAAGAGGCUUGAAAUUUUCCAAGCAAAUGUUGGAAGAUGUUGGCUGCCGAAACAGGGAUUGUAGAAGAGUGGUUAUCAGAAUUCAAGACUGUGCCGGAAGCAUCUAUUCCAAGCUAUGCUAAAAAUCUGAAAGACAAGAUUUCUCUGGUUUCAUCUCUUUAUAAAGUUAUUCAGGACCCACAAAGUGAGCUGCUGGAGCCGGUCUGUCACCAGCUGUUUGAAUUCUAUCGCAGUGGUGAAGAACUUCUGUUGCAGUUUACAUUGCAGUUUCUUCCAGAACUGAUAUGGUGCUAUCUUGCUGUGUCUGCCAGCAAAGACCUACAGAGUAGUGGCUGCAUAGAAGCACUUCUACUUGGAGUUUACAACUUGGAAAUAGUUGACAAAGAGGGACACAGUAGGGUAUUAAGUUUCACAAUUCCAUCCUUAUCAAAACCUUCAGUGUAUCAUGAACCAUCCAGUAUUGGUUCCAUGGCUCUUACUGAGGGUGCUCUCUCUCAACAUGGCUUAUCCAGGGUUGUGUACAGUGGACCGUAUUUGCAAAGAGAGAUGCUGACAGCACAAAACAGGUUUGAAGUGUUGACAUUCCUUUUAUUGCGAUACAAUGCUGCCUUAAGCUAUAUGCCUGCAGUUUCUCUUCAGUCACUAUGCCAGAUAUGUUCAAGGAUCUGUGUUUGUGGAUAUCCUCGCCAGCAAGUGAGGAAAUAUCGAGGCAUAAACAGCAGGAUUCCAGUUUCCUCUGAAUUCAUGGUUCAAAUGUUAACUGGGAUUUAUUAUGCGUUUUAUAAUGGAGAAUGGGAUCUGGCCCGUAAAGCAAUGGAUGAUGUUUUAUACAGAGCGCAACUGGAGCUGUAUCCAGAACCAUUGUUGGUUGCUAAUGCAAUAAAAGCUUCAUUGCCUCAAGGUGCCAUCAAAUCUAGUAAAGAAGGUAUUCAGGUUGAAAUUACGCCUACAGCAUCUAGAAUAUCAAGAAAUGCAGUAACCAGCAUGUCUAUUCGGGGUCAUAGAUGGAAAAGACAUGGCAGUGAACUAGGAAUUCCAGAAGAAGAAAUAAUUGACGUCACAGAAGUUGAUGAAGGUUUCUACUCUAGGGCUACUUCUACUACAAGUCACUCUGCUUUAUCAAACAGCAGCACCAACAGUAACAAGGCUCUGCUGAGCAAGAGUCAGCGGAAGUCUGGAGGAAGCAAAGUUGGAGCAAAAGAAAAAGAAGCUAUUGGUGAAUCCUAUAAAGAACACUUGUCUCGUAAACAAAGCCAGAGAGCUAUGAGUGAAAAUCUAGAGCUCUUGUCUCUAAAGAGACUGACUCUGACUAGUAGCCAAUCCUUACCUAAGCCUGGCAGUCAUAGUUUGGCUAGAACGAGCACCACGCUCUUUAGUAAAUCCUUUGAGCAGGUCAGUGGUGGUGUGGUCCCAAAUAAUCACAGCAGUACAGAGGGAAACAGGUUUUCAGUGUGUAGUCUGCAAGAGGAAAAUUUUAUUUUUGGAGCUGAAAAAACAGAACUUAUCGUUCCAAGUAAACAGUCAAUUCCACAGCGACUACCUACUAUCAGCAUUACACUGUCAACAGACUAGCAAGUCCUUGACUAAUUGGUCGGCAUAAAUGAGUUCUUGGGUGAUUCUAGUACUAUACAGUAUGAGACCAGCUCCUCCUCCUUUCUAACAAUUAAGUUGUCAUUUUGAAGAUUAUACUUAUUUGAAAGUAGGGUUUUAAGUUUCCAGUUUUAAAACUUGCAGUGUUUUAAACAGGGGAAGGGGAAUAAUCCUGUAAGUAUUCUGCAGUAAUUAGGUUAUAGCUUCUGAGAUUCUUAACUUCAUGAAAAUUCCUGAUGGUGAUACAAUUAAGAUUAUUACAUUGCGGACCUCUACCAGUUUGUAAAAGGCGUUUACUAUCUGAUGUGAUUUAUGAAUUGCGGUAACCCAGAUUUUAUGUACAUGGUCUGUAUACAAAGCUGUAACUGCCUUCUUUUCUGCAGCAGGGAGUAAACUAAACACUGCUGUAUACAUUUCAUGAGAACAGUUUAAACUUUUGCUGAAGGUGGCAGCUUGUGCCGGGGGAAACAAUCCAGCUGUGUGCACUCAUGCCCAUAAUUCAAUUUGAAGUUGAAGAAGUCACUGUGUUCAGGGUCAAAUUUCCAUUUUUUGCACCUGCAUGAAAAAUAAAUACCCGUGCUUUUAUGUUCAUGAAAUCACCCGGAAGAAACAAUUUUAGAAUAUAGUGCUUGUAUCUGAUUAUUUUGCUGGGGAACAAAUAAGGUUCAGUUACCUUAAGCACACCAUUUGCUAACAUUUGGAACACACACAUGCACAAUGUUGAGUGUGUGCAGUCCCCUUUCUCCUUAUGAAUUAAAUACAUGAAAAUGUAAUGUUUGGGUAGUAAUAUUGACUGAGUGUGAAAUUUAAAGAUUGUGGUCUGUUAUAGGGUUCCAUAUGUAAACCUGAAAGUUAGUGCACAAACAUGAAGACAAGGAGAUGAUUAUAAUUCCUCCAUUGCAAGUAAAAUUUAAACAUUGGGUAUUUCUGAAGUUCAGAUUUUAUAUUACUGGUGAGCUUAAGAUAGUGAGAAACAAACUUUGUCUACCUCAGAGUCUUUAAGUUAUCAAGGAAUAACAUUGGCUUCCACUUCCUACUGUGUUGCUAAUUUAGAACAGGAUAAUAUAUCUUGAAGGUUUUAGCAAGUGUGGCAUGACAGUACAAAAACUAUUUUUUCCUUUUUUACUCCUUUCUGGUAAGCUGUAUCAAAUUAAAAUGUAAUGUCUUACAAUUAGGUGAGUCACAGCAGAAAAAAUAGAAAAUUUAUAAAAUGUGGAAGUUUGAAAGUUACAUACCAAUCUGUUUUCAUGCAGUAGUCUCUUAAGUAGCAUUGGAGGCUUCACCAGUUUCAGUUUUAUAGGCUUAAAUCUAGAUCACAGUAUUAGGACAGAAAGUGUUUUUGUUCAUGGAGGUAAAUAUCAUUUCACUCAUGUUUGUAUGUUGCCUUAGAGGUUUUUAGACACUCCAGGACUCCAGGGUUACUAAUUGGAGCAUGUGAGGUGGAUUUGAGGGGAAAGUCAACCACAUUACCCACGAUGAGCAUAAAAGUAUUCUUGUUUAUGGAAUCUUUCAGUCUAAGACAUAGGGCUCAUCUACACUGACUUAGAUCAGUUCCAAACCAGUUCCGCUAUGCUAUGGUGGUUGAUUUACCCUCAUCCCUACCUUACUGCUCACUACUUGUAUUGCUACUUUUCCGUUAAAACACAUUCCAACACAAGACUCAUAUUCUGGGUUCUUCUAAAGUAAUGCUUAAAAGGUACAUAAGUGUGUAUAGGUCCCUACCCCCCAUUUUUGUUGGCUUUUUUGCUUAAAGUCACGGGCUCCUGAUAUUGUGAAUAUAUGGCUUGGUAUGUCAAGUUAAAAAAAAUCUCUCACACCAUCUAGUUAUAAUCUAUGCCUUGAAAGUUAAAAAAAAGCUGCACUGAAUUUACAGAAAUUCAAGUUUUCUAAACAGAUUUCUUUACUAAGAGAUUGCUGGAAAAUCUCUUGUUUUCUACACAAUCUGAAUUUUAAAAUGGAUGGGGCCUAAAUUUCAAAUGUUGCUUUAAUUGUCUGAAAUCACUGAUAUGCAUACUACAAUAACAGUAUUAAUAUGAUGUUUAACAAGUUAGAACAUUUACUGUUUUCUACAUAUUAUACAUUUUGGCAUUGUAAUACAAUUUUAAUUAGUAUAGGUAAAAGCAAAUGACUUACACAGGAAUAUAAGCCAUUACAAGUGAAAGUUUUAUGUUUUCCUAUAGUUAACUAUUUAAAACGCUGUAAGAUUAAAAAAGAUGGCUUUUAAAAUGUUUACACUGCUGUAGAUUUUGGACAAUAGUAUUUUUGAUUUAAUAAAACUGAACUGCUCCUUUUUGCACAUUCAA